CUUUUUCAGCCGACGGUGCUCGAGACGGUGGCCUCCGGAGAGCCCGGGGAAGCCGGCGUCCCCUCCACGUCGCUGCUGGCGCCCGCCGCGCCGCUGCCCACGCCGUCCGCCACCCUGGUGCCGCCGCCGGCGCUGCUGGCCGUCAGCGUGGACGGACCCGGCGCCGGCCCGUCCUCCACGCCCGCGCCGCCGCCGGGGAAGGUGCUGCUGCCCGGGCCGCUCAGCGACAUCGGCGAGAACUCGCUGUACGUCGGCAAGACGGACGCCGACGACAUCGGCCUCCAGGGCGGACAGCGCGGCGUGCAGGUCACCUCCUUCCUCGCGGACACCAACGCGGCCGGGCAGCAGCAGGAGCAGCGGCAGCAGGGGCAGAGAGACGGGCCGAUCGUCGGUCCUACCGGCGCCCCGAGCCUUAAGGGCGCCGACUCCAUAUCGGCGUACGUCAUCUCCGACUCGGACGAGAGGGGCACCUCCGGCAACGUCCUGGAGACGAGCUCGCCCGCCCCACCGCCUUCCCCGACCACGCUCAAGCCGAUCGUGGUCAGCGAGACGUUCGGCGCCCGGGUGUCGUCGACCACGCCGUCGUACUCGCUGGGCUCCACCGUCACCGUGACGCCCGAGUCGUCAUCCGGCUCGUCGUCGCUGUUCUCGUCGCUGGGCACGACGGCCACGGACGAGGACGCCCACGCCGACACGGCCUCCACGCCCACGGUCGUCAUCACCCCUCGCCCCGCGACCUCCACCGCCGGACACCAGGACUCGGCACAGCAGCAGGUGGCGGCCGCCUCCAACGCGUUCGAAGUCACCGACGACGGCCAUCAGUACCUAGAGGCCAGCGCCGGGGACGACGACCACCGGCAUCAGGGCGACGAGGAGCUGCAGCAGCAACAGCAGCAGCUGCAGGACACGCUCAAGAAGGACAUGACCAUACACAAGAGCAGCGCUGUGCACGAGGCGCACUACCGCACUGAGGUGGAGGUGCAGAAGUCCGUCGAGGUGCCCACCGAAAUCACGCUGGACUCCGUCAAGGUGGCCGACGACGAACACGUCCAACAGCGGGGGCCCGUGCACGCACCCGCGUACUACAUCAGCCAGCACCAGCAACUGCUUCGUCAACAGCAGCACUUCCGCGAUGUGGAACAACAGCAGCAGCAGGAACGGGCUAGGGAACUAGAAGAGCAGCAGCAACACGAGCGAGCCAGGGAACAACAAGAACAGCAGCAGGAUCGGGCCAGGAAGCUACAAGAUCAUCAGCAGCAACUCCAGGACCAGCAGCAUCAGCAGCAACUCCAGGACCAGCAGCAUCACGAGGAGCUCCAACAAGAACAGCUGCAGCAGGAGCUUCAAGAGCACCAGCAAAUCCAGCAGAAUGAACAGUCAGAGUUCCUCCGCCUGCCGCUGCAAGACCAACAGCUGCAGGUCCAGCCCGACGAGCAGCUCCAGGACGACCCGCAGGACUUGGACCUUCAGCAGAGCGUGGCGGACACGCAGCCCCACCACGUGCAGCUGUUGCAGCCGCUGGCUCUGCAGCUGCCCUACCAAAUGCAGGCGCACUUCCUCCAACAGGGGCCCGGCGUCUUCCACGAGGCGUUGCUUCUUCCCGCUCAACAACAACAUCACCAGCAGCAGAUCCUAGCGGACCAGACGCUCCUGCAACCGCCACCUCAGGAGCUCCAGGACGGCGUCCAACUGCUGCCGCAUCUGCCUCAAUACUUACCCCAACACCUGCACCAGCACUUGCCGCCGAACCACGCUCCGGGCAGCAGCGCCGACGCCCACGCGCUCCCGGAGGAGAACAAGCUGCAGCUCGAAGCCCUGGUGCAGCAGGUGGCCGCGGACGUGACGAGGCUGGUGCGAGUCGAGGACGCGCCGGUCAGCACGAAGCUGGUGGAGGUCGAGAAGCAAGCCACACCCUCGGGCGCCGUGGCGCCUCCGCCCCCGCAGCCCCACCAUCAGCAGCAGCAGCAGCAGCAGCAGCAACAACAGCAACAGCAGCAACAACAACAACAACAACAGCAGCAACAACAGCAGCAACAACAACAACAGCAGCAGCACCAACAACAGCAGCACCAGCAGCAGCAACAACAACACCAGCAGCACGAGCAGGUCACUCGCCUGGUCAUGCGGCCCUUCUCGCACCCCUUCAUGACCAUGCAGUACUCGGAGCCACACGGGCUGCCCAUGCACCACCUGCUGCCCUUCCAGCACUACAUCGCCCUGCCCAUCAAGGACCUGCAGCUGUCCGAGUCGCAGGUGCAGACGCAGCACCAGCCCCACCAGCAGCUGCACCACAAGUACAAGAUCUCCCACGAGGACGAGAUCACGGCCACCUCGCACAAGGCCGUGCCCGGCAUCGACCCGGACAAGAUCGUGCACUGCGCCGAGCACGUGUACUCGUUCCGGCCGUACCCCGCGCACUGGAAGUCGCGCGCGGGCCGCCGCGGGGGCCCCACCGGCGCCGUCGGGGCGGGCAGGCAUCGCGGCAACCUGCGCAAGCUCUGCAUCGAGUACGGGGGCUUCAAGCCGCCCCUGGUGCCCUCCACGCCCAUCAAAGAGGACGGCAAGCCCGUGCAUCCGAGCAAGGACGACUGAGCGGCGUCGUCGCCGCCACGGCGACGGCGUCGGGCAGUGACCUAAGCUGUGCCAGCGGGUUGCCUACCUGCUCGGGGACAUGUUGCGGUUAGGCAACCCGUCCGGCGGUUCCUGCUCGAGCCGUUCCGUUGUUUGUUUUCGGAAAACGAGAGUGACUCUUUUCGAGCUGGCGAGUUGACAUCGCUAUUCGCGAUGCAGACUGGGCUGGGCCGCACCGCUCAAUGUUCAUACACAUAUUACUCGGCGUGUUGUACAUAUUAGCUUUGUUUCGGGAAGUUCCUUUGUGGGGUUGGGCCACCCCGAACUCUGGACGCCCUCGGCUGCUGUUACUUUGAGGCAAUUUGAAAGUGACAUUUUUUGGGAGGGGAGAGGAAGGAGGAGGGGAAACUGGACUGGUCCCAUCCGCGCGUCCACGACAUCUGGAAGACCGGCUAACGCUCGUGCAGCCCUUCAGUCGGUACUUGAGCAGCGUCACUGAGUGCCAGGAACACAGAGUGUCAUUGCCCAAGUCCACUCCGUAGCGCGGCUGGGCGCUUUACUGGUGUCAUUAUUGUACUGUUCGCACAACCAAUGAGGAGGAAGCAAUAAUCGAGAGUUAACUCCAUGCCAUUUUGACCUAUACGUACACUAGAGAAAGCCUAAGAGUAUGAAGACCACUGCCUUUGCCAUUUAGGAGUUUGCUUCUGGGAGACUUGACUCAUUUUGUUUUGUUUUUGUUGAUUUUGUUUUUGUAUUUUUUGUUAUCGUGAAAUGUGAUAUAUAUUAUGUCAGUGGUUAGUACCACUCAAUUGAUGUAGGAAAAAAGAC